UAAGAAUAAGGUCUUCUAGAAAAAGAUUAUUUUGAAACGACAGGUUGAUUUGUUCGCAGUUUGGCUUUUCGCUUGCACGACCGAUAUGUCGUUUUAGGGUGGACGGCGUAUAUUCAAAAUUAGACGGACUAAUCAAAACAAGUUGCAAAUCGAAAUUGCUACAACAAUGAACUUGAUCAGUGAAAUUGACAAUCAAUUGACAUGGGUUUGUAUCUGAGUUAUUGUUGUAAGUAUAACCAUCAUAAUCAUGGUGUUCUGCUCCCCACUUCGUCUUCGCGUCAUAUUUCCAAGAGUUGGACAUUUAAAUAGUUGCUUUUCUUCUUUCGCAAACCUGAACCCGACAAGGGUCUCGAAUAGGAUUCCCGUUUAUAUCACCGGAAGUUCAAAACUGCGGGUGAUAGUUUCUGAUACAUAUGAGUGUAACACAAAGAUCAGUAAUUUAGGGCGUCAUGGCAAGGUCAAAGAUGCAAGGAAGCUGUUCGAUGAAAUGCCGCAACGAGACAUCGUUUCCUAUGCUUCCAUGAUUACUGUUUAUUUGAAGAACAACAAUCUUCCGCAGGCUGAGAUGCUCUUUCGGGCGAUGCCAGAAAGAAACAUGGUUGCUGAUUCUGCAAUGAUUAGUGGGUAUGUGAAGGCGGGGCAGAUUGAUAAGGCGCGUGAAGUUUUUGAUCACAUGGUGGAGAGGAAUACGUACUCUUGGACAAGUUUGGUUUCUGGGUAUUUCAAUAUUGGCAAAAUUGACGAGGCCAUUCGGCUUUUUAAUUUAAUGCCUGAGAAGAAUGUGGUUUCUUGGACUAUUGUGGUCGCGGGCUAUGCUCAAAAUGGUUGCAUUGAUGAAGCGCGUGAUAUUUUUUAUGAAAUGCCGGAGAAAAACAUUGUUGCUUGGACUGUUAUGGUGAAGUCUUAUAUCCAAAAUGACCGAAUUGAUGAGGCAUUUGAGGUUUUCUAUCAGAUGCCCCAGCGGAAUCUAUAUUCUUGGAAUAUUAUGAUUUCAGGUUGUAUAAAUGCUAAUAGGCUAAAUGCUGCUAUUCAACUAUUUAAUUCAAUGCCUAAAAGGAAUGCUAUUUCUUGGACAACAAUUGUUACAGGUCUUGCACGAAAUGGAAUGACUGAGCAUGCAAGAGAGUACUUUGAUCAGAUGCCUAAAAAGGACAUAGCUGCAUGGAAUGCUAUGAUCACAGCAUAUGUUGAUCAAGGCAGCAUGGAUGAAGCUAGUGAGAUUUUCAAUUUGAUGCCAGAAAAGAAUAUUGUGAGUUGGAAUGCAAUGAUCGAUGGGUAUGCAAGAAAUGGGCUGGAAAGCGAUGCUGUAAAGCACCUAAUCCUCAUGCUUCGAUACAACUUUAAGCCUAAUGAGACUACUAUCACUAGCGUCUUGACAGCAUGUGACAGCACAAUGGAGCUUAUGCAAGCUCAUGGCCUAGUGAUUCAUCUUGGGUUUGAGCAUGACACACUGCUUUCUAAUGCUCUCAUCACUAUGUACUCUAGAUGUGGAGAUGUCCUCUCAGCUUGGUUUGUCUUUGAUCAACUUGAGGCCAAGGAUAUUGUAUCGUGGACUGCAAUGAUAUUAGCUUAUUCAAAACAUGGUUGUGGUAGUCAUGCAUUACAAAUCUUUGCACGCAUGCUAAGAUCUGGAUCCAGACCUGAUGAAGUUACAUUUGUUGGAGUGUUAUCAGCUUGUAGCCAUGCAGGUCUUGUCAUGAAAGGCCAAAAGCUCUUUGAUUCAAUGAGUUGUGCUUACAGUAUAGAACCAAAGGCAGAACAUUAUUCCUGCCUUGUAGACAUCCUUGGUCGAGCAGGACAGGUGAACAAGGCAAUGAAAGUAGUUUCUGAAAUGCCUCCACAUGAGCGUGAUGGUGCUGUUCUUGGGGCAUUGCUUGGUGCAUGCCGAUUGCAUAAGGAUGUCGGAUUGGCAAAUGAGAUUGGUAACUUGUUAAUAGAGCAAGAACCAAAUAGCUCCGGAAGUUAUUCUCUCUUGGCUAAUGUGUAUGCAGAAUGUGGAAAGUGGAAUGAGUUUGCACAGGUGAGGAAGAAGAUGAAGGAAAGGAAUGUGAAGAAAGAACCUGGUUUUAGUCAAAUAGAAGUGAAAGGCAAGAGCCAUAUAUUUUUGGUGGGAGACAGAUCUCAAACUGAAGUUGAAGAAAUUUAUGAUCUCCUUGACCACAGGUUACUACCCGUAAUGUGCGACAUGUGUUACACUCCAGAAAUAAUGGUAUCAGUUUAACAUGAGCAGAAGUCAAUUUUUUCCUUCAGCGUUUGGAAAAGAAAAAAAAAAAUCUUGAGCAGGUAUGAAUCUGAUUUAUUUUGUG